GUAAAACAAGUAGUGUAACAAAUUUCAAUUGUUUCUAUGAUAAAUGAAAACUGUACAAAAACAAAAUUAUUCAUUAGCGCCGAAAAAUGAUUUGUGUCAAGAAAGUUUCUUUGGGAAAAAUAUCACUGAUCCAUAUCGUUGGUUAGAACAACAUUUCUCUCAUAGAACUCAUCAAUUUAUUUUAUAUCAAAUGAAACAAACACAACAGUUUUUAUCAAGUUGUCCAUAUCAGGAAGAUUUCAGAAAUUAUUUACAAUCAUUAUGUAAUUUUGAUUGGUAUAGUUAUUCAUUAAUUCGUGGUGCUAAUUACUUUUAUUGUUUUAAACCGUUACAUUUAAAAACGAUUGUAUUAGAGGUUAUACAAUAUAGAAUGAAAUGUCCACAGGUUAUAUUAGAUCCAACAUGUAUUGGAUUAGAACAAUUAGAAAAGAUUAUUGCAUUCAAUAUAUCAGAUUGUGGUACAUAUUUAUGUUAUGAAAUAUGGAAUCAACAUAAUGAUCAAUAUAAAUUGUAUUUUAAGAAUUUAAAAAUGGAUAUUCAAUUAUCAGAUUGUAUUAAAUUACGAAAUAAAAGCUCUAUGACAUGGUCAAAAGAUAAUAAAGGUUUAUAUUAUAUUCAUUGUAUUCCAUUAUAUUCAAUGAAAGAUCAAAUGAAUAAUUUCAUAGAAAAUUAUAUUGUCUCUAUAAAUUAUCAUAAAUUAGGUGAAAUGGAUCAAACUAAUGAUUUGGUUGUAUGGAGUUGUGAAAUGUCUGAAAAAAAUUUAAUGUUCUGUGAAUUAGAUGAAACUGGACGUUAUAUUUUAGUGACUUUAUUGAAUGAUCAAGGUUCACAGAAUAAAUUAAUCUUUGGUUAUGUUAAUCAUGAACGAGUGAAAUUAAAAGGUCGAUUGAAAAUGCUUCCAAUUGUGGAUGAAUUCGAUGCAAACUACAAAUUUAUUGGUAGUACUUCAACCGAUUUUUAUAUUAUGACUAAUUUAAGUGCACCAUUUAAUAGAAUUAUUAAAGUUAAUAUAAAAGAUCCUGAUUGGUCAAAUUGGGAAGAUUUAAUACCACAUAAUCCAUUAAGAAAAUUAGAAUAUGCUACAUGUAUCGAUCGGAAGUAUUUGGCUUUAAGUUGUAUAGAAAAUGUCAGAAGUAUUAUUGCAAUUUAUGAUUGGUAUACUGGAAAAUAUUUAAAAACUAUUUUAACACCAAUUGGUCGAAUCUAUUCACUUACUGGUCAUUAUACUAGUAGUCAGAUCUUUAUACAUUUUGCUACUUUUCAUGAACCAUGUACAAUAAUGUAUUGUGAUUUAGCAAAAGAUAAUUGGGAAUUAAAGUUAUUCCGUAAAUCUCAACCAAUGGAGUUAAACGAUAAAGAAUAUGAUAUUAAACAAGUAUUUUAUCAAAGUAAAGAUUCAACAACAAUUCCAAUGUUUAUAUUUCAUCGAAAAAAUAUCACUUUGAAUAGUAGAAAUCCAUGUAAACUAAGCGCAUUCGGUGGAUUUGGCUACAUAAAUCAACCAUAUUAUUCAGCAAGUGAAUUAUUAUUUGUUGAAAAAUUUAAUGGAAUAUAUGCACUGGCCAAUAUACGUGGAGGAGGUGAAUUCGGUGAAGAAUGGCACAAGAGCGGAAGUGAUGUUUAUAAAUCUACAGCGAUCGAUGAUCUACUGGCAGCUGCUGAAUAUUUAAUUCAACAAAAAUAUACUAAUCCUGAUAAUCUUAUAUUACAAGGCAAUGAAAAUGGUGCUCUUCUUGCAGCUUCCUGUGCAAAUAAACGGCCAUAUCUAUUCAAAGCAAUUAUUUUAGACAAUCCGUUAACUGAUAUGUUACGUUAUUAUAAAUAUUCAUCAACUGCCAGAUGGAUGAGUGAAUAUGGGAAUCUAUAUUAUGAAAAUGUAUUUAAUGCAUUAUUUAGUUAUUCACCAGUUCAUAAUGUGCCAAAUUUAUCCAUGACCAAAUCAUAUUAUCCUUCAGUGCUUAUUUUAUCUGAUCUACAAACUGCCAAUGUAGAAUAUAUUCAUUCAUUAAAAUUGUUAGCUACAUUACAAAAUGAAUUACAUAAUAAUGGUUGUACAUUUGAACAAACAAAUAAUACACUUGGAUGGUUUAAAACGGAAGGUCAACAUAAGAUUGAUAAAGUUACAAGCAUCUGUUCAUUUAUACAAAUGAUUUUAUCAAUUGAUUGGCGUAAAAAACAUUCCUAAUCAGUUUAAUUUGCCCGGAAAGAUAGUAGUUAACAUAAAAUAAACACAUUCCUAUUUUAUUUAAACUAGAUAUUUCAUUAUUCAAUGUAAAAAUGUAUUAACAAUGCAAUACACUGCGAGUUUAUUGUUAAGCUUCAUUUCAUUUCAUUAUAAUUUACCUUCUUAUUAUACUUAAAAUAAGUGAAUAAUUAUCUCAUUGGUGAGAGUUUAUAUUCUCUCAUUGCAAUUGAUGCUCAAGAUUUGUAUGAACAUUAGUCGAUUCCAGAUUUGACUCUUGAUCAUUAUUAAAACUAAGCUAAUAUACGUCCUUUAAAAUAACC